AUGUCGCUAAAAGAUCUUUUCUCCAGAGCUCCAUCUCCACCUCCUCUGAGUGAAGAGCCAUGGCCCCAACCUGUUCCUUCUAAUUCAAAUUCUUCGAGUAAUUGUCACUGCAUGUCACCUUUGUAUUCAGCUACCGCUAGACCAACUGUAGACGAGUUUCUGCGAACAAAUUAUUUGAUGAUUCCCGAAUUCGUGCAGCAAGUGAAUCGAGCAAAGAUAGCAGCAAACAAGGGAGGCGUUGGUCAAAGUGUGGUAUUGGAAGAAAGUACCUCUCUCCAAGGAACUGCUCAUCGAAGGAAAAUCAUUUCUUUUGAUUCGCUAACACGGGACAUCAACAGCGAAAACACAGAGAAGAAAGAAGAUGGAAUCAAAGAAAUUAAAGGAUGUGACUCAAAUGUUAAACGUGGAGCCAGUGGAGCAAAAAGUAUAGAUGUGAGUAUUGAUACUACUGCUGCACAAAAUCAGGCAAGUGUUCGGGACAUUGUGGUGCCUCCUCUACUUAAACCAAAACCUAGGGUCAAAAAAGUGAUGAAGGGAGGAACUCUAGUUACAAUACCAGCCCCUCAGAUCAGAAAGAGACCUCCCCAAGGGUUUACUGCGAAUGAUGAAAACAACUUUGAAUUGGGAGUACUUUCAGAACAGAGCGAGGGUGGAAAAUCUGUCGUUGAAGCGUGUCUGCUAGAGAGAACCCAGAAUAAGAUUGAUCAGUCCUGUAAAGAUGAUCCAAGUAACAAUCAGCUGGCCACAGGCAGGCAUGACUUGGUGACACCUACACAUGGAUCGAAGGACAUACCUGGGGAAGUUUCCUCUCAUCGAAGAGAAGUUUCAGGCUCUGAAAUUGUACCAAAAAAAUGUCAAGAAACACAGGUUCUUGUAAGUUUCAUUGACAAUAAUAUACCGCGAGACGAUAAGAAUAACACGGAUGAAAACUCUGAUUUUGGUGAAAAUAGAUCCUUUAACACUAUGGCCUUACUGGAAAAAGACAGCACAAAUCCUAAGGAGAUUGUGGAUAAGAGGUCUGAGGAAACACCCACUGGACCCCUGCAGGAGUCGAUCAAGGCAAAGUCAAACGAUGAAUUUAAAGGGAAUAUUCCAGUAGAGGAAUCCGAAGCACUCAGCUCUGAAGACACCAAUUUGAGUGAAAAUCAGGGUGAGUAUUUCAGUGAUUAUCAGACAUUGACCAUAGACUUAGUUAGAGACCUGAAAGAGAAGCACAUCAGCGAAAACACUGAUGGGAGUACAGCGAGAGUUCUUGAGCCGUUAAGGCCUGGUUCUAUUCUAGCUCAGCUUAAAAGUCCUCAAAGCUCUAGCACUAAAAAACAAGAGGAGCUGUCAAGUGAUCUGCCAAAAGCAACAGGAAGUUCCAUGGCAAAGCAAAGCUCUGAAAAGCUUCAUAUGUCAAAUGAAGAGCACAGUGAGAAGAUCAAACAGAAUGAAAAUUCCCAUCAAAAUCAAAUUUCCAGUGACGAGAAAAGCCAACUUACAGAAAUCAUUCAUGGGGACAAGGAGGUUACGGGAAGAACCAGGGAGAGCUGUGCUAAGGGUAUAGAUAAAAACGCUGAGGAGUGUUGUAUAGAGAAUUCUGAUGCAGGUAACCAUGACACUGGUGUUUUCAACGAGAGUGCUGAUGUUAAGAAAGAUUGCACUGGCUCUAUUGACAGUAUCAAUAGUGAUCAUAAUGCUAAUGAUAACGACGACCAAGAAAACGGCGAUGACGACUACGAUAAAGAUGAUGAUGACGACGGCAAUGAUAAUACUAAGUCUGUUGAUAAAGGAGACAGUGUAACAGAUGACGGCGGGGACGAGUACGCUGAGCUUGUGAUGGUGGAGUCAACAUCAGAUGGGGAUGAAGAAGAAUAUGAUAACUUUCUUAUUGAUGAGAAUGAUUCCGAUGGAGAAGAGAGUAAGGUGAAAAGUGAUUAUGAAGCUGAGGAUAUGGAUCUUGAUUCUGACAAUGAAGGAGAUACUGGCGGAAUAUCAUUUCAUCAAGAUACUACGAUUGGACAAAGGGUGAAAUACUCAAGGGGCAGGCAGAAGGAUAAUAAACGAACAGCGAGGAAUCGAAAAAAGAAGUUUCGCAAAAAGAAGAGGGCUAAGGGACAAAACCAGGUUUGUAUCAAAAGAAAACACUCUUUUUGUUUGGAAUAGAGUACUGUUAGAAUUAUUCAGUAGCGGUCAGAAAAAGCAACCACUGUGGCAGAAAAGAUGAAAUGUCUCUUAUUACUUACCAAUAGCAAAGAAACCUUGAAGCACAUAAAUCUUUUGUCUCCAAGCUUGUUCCCAGGAUCCCCUCUUAUUUUCCCUGGUCAAGUCUCUGCGUGAAUUUUGUUGAAUGUGUUUACUUUUAUAGAGACUUUUAGAGAAAAAGAAAUGUGGGCCAGUCUCAGGACAUAAAUCGACGGAUGCUCCCGAGAAACAUUCUGAGAUCAAGACAUUACCAGUGAACAAUCCACCCCGGGAAAAAUCAGCGGAACCUGGAUCACUGUUAUCGAUGGUGUCUUCUUAUUCUGUGGAUCUUACAGUGGCAGCCAGUGAAAAGGUUUGUAUCCUUAUCCCUUAAGGCUGGUCAGCACAACACGGUAGUCAAACAUCGAGUAUGCGCGGGGAGAUGAAUCUCGGCUGGCCGCGCGCCAAUUUCUCGCCCAAAGAAAACUUAAGAAAUAUGAAAAUAAAAUUAAAAAAACCGAAACGUUCAUAGAGUUUUGUAAAAUAAGGUAACGUACCAAAAAGAGAAAACUUGAGACUUGUCGAAUGCAAAGUUUAUUUUAUCAUGGUAUACUGUUAAUUUUCCAAUUUGCAGUAGGUUUUAUGUAAAAAUAUACGCUUUUGAAACAACGUGACUUACUGGCUUUUGUGGUUGUUUAUAAUUGAUUUACUCUUUCACUUAUAAAUUUACCUAUUCAUCUACACAGUGAUUAAGCUAUUUAUUGACUGUACCGAUUGCUAAUGGAUAUAUCGAUCCAACGAUUUGACAGCUGUUGAAACGUAAGACUCGAGGUGGACAACACGCAAAGAAGUUGAAGAAAGCAAAAAGAACAGCGGAAGCUUUGGAGAGAAAACGGAGUGGAGAACCGCCACCUCGAACAAAACCAGUUUAUAAAGAGCUCCUCAGACCAAUCUGCUCAUUUUACAUUCAAGGAAAAUGCAGGAAGGUACAGUGAGAGGUGCACAACAAUAGCUGGUGUUAGUAAUUCUCAUACUUAACCCUUUAAAUCCUAAUAUCAGUAUGCAAAUUCUCCAUACUGUUCCGUAUACAUGUCCCAAGGUGCUGACAAGGAGAAUGUUUUUAACAAGCAAUAGGUUCUUUAGUUGCUGAUCAUUUCCUUUAUUCUCCUAACCUUGAUGUUUGAUUCAGGAGUGAUAUUUUGAUGAGAAAUUAUAUGCUAGUCACUAUUAGCGGUCACAGGGUUAACCUCUGAAUGAGAAUUAAGGAAUUGACCGUUAAAUAAGAUUUUAGACUAAUAAUAAUUUAUUAAUAAUCUACGUGAAAAAAUACGAGAUAGCUUAUCAUAAUUAUGCAGUAGCAAAGCGCACGCAUUAAGUGCAAAAAUAAUUUAUUCAAACCCUGCAAGUGACAUUGUGUGUUCGGUCAAAACAACCGCGGUAAUACAAUGGUAUUUUCACAUCUUUAGGGCGCAAAAAAGUUCAAAGUCCGGCUAAACAGUUUAAGGAAUUGUUCAGUCUGGUUUGUUAAUUCUUUGCACUGAAUUAACUCUCUUCUGCAUUGAAUUACCUGAAAACUGCAUUUAUCUUAACCAAUCAGAACUGAGUAAUUUUUUCAUGUAUCUUAUUAAGAUUGUAAACGUUCAUGGCCCCGCUUUUGAGAAAUUCGAUGAAAUACUGAUUACUUUGUCCACAAAACAAAUUUUGGGGGGGAAAAACGCUCAAAUCAUAACGGAUUAAAAUUGUUACGAUACAUUCCUAUCUUAAGAGGUUGCAUUGACCAAAUGGGUUGAGCGUUUUUUCUGCCUUGCGUUGCGAAAAAAUUGUUUAGUCAGGUUGGUGUUGAUCCAGGGCUAUUACAGCCCCGUGAAAACUGAACAGUCGUAGAAUUUUCUGACUUCGAAAGAGCGUGAACACUGUCCUCGUUUGAGAACAAGAAUUCGAAAGAAUGACGAUACUUUAUAUAUACUGUGUGUCUAUUUAUGCAUACUUAAUAGACUAUUUCCCCAAUGGGGCUUUUCAGGGCCAAAGCGAAUGAAAAAAGUGUUUAAAAAUCCCAAUUAGCAGGAGGCUGAGCAGUCUGAUACCCACAAAGCGCAUUUUUGUACAAUGCGAUUCGCAUAAUGCAUAGGUGUUGAACAAUAAGACAGUAUCAUGUUCCGUUUUGUUUUGUUUUGUUUUUUUUACCCUAAAGGGCAGUGAGUGCUCUUUCCGUCAUGACAGAUCAGCUCUAGUGAAGAAGAAGGCGAUCUGUAGGUUCUACGUGCUUUCCGCUGACAAUUGCCAGUUGGGAGAUGACUGUGCUUUUAUGCACAAUAUCCUUUUCAAAAGUUACUACCUCCUUACUUUGAAAUUCAAGAGAAUGUUAUAAUUAGAAUUUAUAUCUAACGCGAAACGGGUACUGAAGAAAGGAAGGAAGAAAAAGACGAACGCGAAUUUAAGAAACGAAAGGUGACUGCGUUCAGUUCUGGCAAUAGAGCAUUGAAAUUUUCUCAAUUUUCUGGUGUUAAAAGGUUAAAGUUGUAAAAAACAGUGCUUCAUUUUGUACUCUUUACACGUAGGAAAAGUGAGAAAACUUAAAAUUUAUGCCGAGGAGUAGCAGUUUCGUCAAACUUGUUGAUGUUGUUUUAUAUCGUUUUAGCCGUUUGUGUUUUUUUUUUUUCUUCGUGUGGAUUCCUUAACCUACCUUACGUUCAUUUCCAUGUAAAUUUUUUCACACAAUAAAAUCCUGCCGGGAAGGCAGCCGCUGCAGAUUUUCCCAUGAUGCUCUAACAGAAGAAACAAGCAGGAUACUUCAAGAGGUAAGCGGUCAUUUGCCAGCCAUGUUCCUUCCCUUCCAUAGUAAUCCUUUUCGGUCAGCUUCAGAAGUGCUACUAAAAAAGUAAGCUUGCGGUGCUUUGAAUGUAGCGAAUGUUGCAACAAGAGGGGUGGGUGAGUGGUGUCUCGUUGACAUAUUUAAGAAGUCCAAAUUUCUUAUCCCGCAAUUUUUUCGUAUGUAAAUUAAUGACGAGUACUUUUAAUCAGUGAAUUGUUAUCUCUCUUCUUAUAAACUACCGCUGCUGGACCAUCCCUAACACGAUUUGUAUAUAUAUAUAUAUUUUUUUUCUUCUUUUUACGGCAAGCGGAAGGUUUGACAAUCACUAGCAGCACGAUUAAUAAGAGAAGCCGUCCUAUGUUCUGAGUUAGGCGUUGAUUAGUUUCACCUCAGUUGUACGAGGGUGACAAUUUGUAAAACAAGAGACACUCGCGAUGAGCUCGUCACCUCACAGAGGUGAACCUAAAGGCGCAACCUAAAGAAAUUGUGAUUGGUUGCUUGGUGACAUGUAAACUUGCCUUCAACGUGAGGAAAAAUCACAAACACUAAAAAUUUUAGCUUAGGAAGAUACUAAAAAAACGAAAAUGGGAAGAUUGAACCAUAAAAGAACGAAUAUUGUUUAGGAUGGACGAGACGAAAACUAGUUACUAAAAUAGGGUAAAUUUGAAACUCGUUGGCUGAUUUUUCGGAUGGAAAACUGCUUUGGAGGUACUUUAUUUAAAAUCUCAUUAAUGUUUUUCCUUAUUUUGCAGUAUCUCAACCCAGCCCACGAAGACGCUGAUCAAUUGCCAGAGGGGACUGACUUCGUAGCGUUGAAUCAGCAAAGUUCUGAUCCACAGUCGCCCGUUGAAGACGCCUCGCAAUCGGGGCAUUUGUCUCCAUACAAUCUAAGGACAAGUGCACGAAAGCGGGUACUUGGUUGCGAUGGAACAACACCAGGGGGCCAAGGAACAUUUGGAAAAUUGAUCAGACUUGGAAGACCUGCAAAAGCAGAAGAAGACGGCACGCAGGACGCAGAAGAGCAAAUGGGACCGUUCGUUCCAGGAUUAUACAGAGACUUGUCUAUAUAGAGGCCUGACCUUCAGGGGCUUCUUUAUUCAGAGCCAAUGAAUGAAAAAAGGGAAUCAAACGAACAUUCUAAGUGGACAAAAAGUUGUCAAAGAUCUCCACUUACUGAGAGCUGCUCAGUCGCUUGCGUUCUAAAGGGUACAAGGAGUUUAACAUGAGGAGCACAAACAGUUGAAGAUGGCACAUCCGGGAACGAAUCCAGUCCGUAGCGGGAUGGAUGACUUGAUCCCAAGACCAUCAGGUAGCAAAUUCAACGCUCAUACCACUCGGCCACCGUCCCGAAGAAUAGUAGAGAGUUUGUCAGUAAACGGUUUUUUUCGGAAGUAUCCGACAGUUAAUUGGCAUGAUGUAAUUUUUCCUGUGACAAUAAGCAUCUUAGGAAUUGUAACAUAAACUUUGCGUCUGAAGAACAAACAAAGACCGAAAAGAGUUUAUAUUAGUCCAAGUGUAUCCAGGUAUUUGUAAAUCGUUAAAACAGGCUAUAUUUCCUUUUAGCUGUUCCGUUUCUCUGAACGCACGUGUGCCAUGAAUGGAUGUUUGGGAUUUGAGGCUUCAUUGUACUUAAAAGGUAUCCAAAAUUUUAAGCUCAAUAAAAAAAAACGCAAACCGUGUAUUAAUAUGGCAUGGCAUAAAUUGCUCUUACUUUAGUGUGACGGAAUAAUAUCCAUUGCCUUAGUGCCUCUCAGUCCGUACUGGCUGCUUACCAAAGGAAAAUGUUCUGUGCUUAAACAUGAAGAUAGAUGGCUCUGAGUAGUGGGUGAGUGGGCCUUCUAUCUAUCCAGUGGUAACAGUUGCUUAGAGACACCUCGCUGAACAGAAAAUAAGCGUCUUGCUUUAACUGAUUCUUGGAUGUAUCGUACCCAGGUUGCUCACCACCAGGGUUUUUUUCGUUCCUUUUAGUUGCUCUCUGCAAUAGACCUAUCGGUGGAUUGCUUUGAAAAGGUGAAAAACUGACAGGGACUAGCAGACAACUCUAUAGUAAUCAUAAGAAACAGAAACUAUUGAACAGCAAUUGAUACAUACAAAGCUGUUAAAACAAUGAAAUCAAAUACAAACAGCUCCAUUUAAUGUCCAAUUGUCAAUCCAGUUCAGCUUGCGCCAUGAAAUUUUAAUUUCAUCUUUUAAAAAUGAUUUUGUAAAUUGCUGCAGAGUUACUGCCACUCACCUUGGUUUGACACCGGGAAGCUUUUUUAUCAGUGAAAGAAGGGGUUGGUUGGCUUAUGGUAAAAAUAACCAAACUGAAUUACAGUGAGCUAAAGGAUGGCAACUGCCUUUGGCGUACGGUUAACCCUUUUUCCAAAGAUUCUGACCUACUUCAAUGAACUGACGAUGAUGCUUCCAUUGUCUUCUCAAAAGCUACGUGCUCGAUAUUGAACUGAAAUUUCAAGGAGAAGUUACCAUAAAUAUCACUCGUUAGAAUGAAAUUAACGUUUUGAAGAAUCCCACGUACUGGAGGUUGCUUCUUUUAGCGCGUUUACGGUUCACAAUUCAAUUUUGCAAUAGCAAUAUCACCAAAACGGCCGAGGUAAAGAAAAACAUCGGGACUACGCAUGAGCAAAGGUAUAUCUGCAAUACAGCGCUGGGUCGAAGGUCUGCGCAGGUCAAAGCGUUGUGAAUGUUGUCAAAACAAAGAUCGGUGUCCUACGGGAGAUAUAAACAACCACAUAAACCAGUAAAUCACGUUGAUUUAAAACCGUCUUCCGCUAUUAUAAAGAUCAAAACAGAUUGGUAAAUCAGCAGGGUACCAGUAAUUGAAAAAGCAUCGUUUUCGAGAAGUCUCGCGCUUACAUUUUCCCAAUUUUAAUUUCCUCUUCAGUUGCUGAUUUCUAUUAGCCUCUUUAUUUUCUUAAGUUUUCUCUUGGGCGGGAAAAUGGCGUGCGGCCGGCCAAAACUGUUCCCCUUGCGCGUGCCCGACGCUAGACUGCUGCGUUUUUAUUUGCAGGCGGUGGGCUUCUGGCUAAUGAAAUUGGAGAUAAAAUGCACACAAUCAUAACUGCGAUGAUCAGCGAGAGUGGGUGAUAUAAAUGUAUGCUUCUUGCAUACAAUUUAGAGGCAAUGGAGCCCUCUACCGGAUUUCAGUUCCCGUGUCAAAGGAAUUGGAUACAAUUCAGCCGUUAAUUUGCGUUACAAUUCGGUCAGAACUCUUCAGAAGGCUAAACACGUUUGGCCGUAAAGAUCAGCCGUAGUUUGGCGAUCUUCCUUGAAAAAGGUGAAAAGUCUGCCAGACAAGACCAUAUAUUCACGGAACGUCUGUAUACUGUCUCACUCCCUUUUACUUAAAAGUCAUCUAUCUCAGUUUCCUUAAUUUCUCAAUUCCUGACAUUGUAAGUCUGGUCAAGAUGUUUGUCAAAGAAAGCGAAAGAAGCCCUCUUAAAAUAUAACCAUGAACUAAAGCUGCAUGUCAUUUUCCAAGGAAUGAGUCUGGAAUAAUCUUAGUUCGCAAGUGAAAAUUUGAACCAGUCAUGGUUCAGAUGUACCUAAAAUACUGAAUCACAGUUUGAUUCAGCGCAAUCCCAACUGAUCCUAUUUUAAGACUCGCACAACAAAAUAAGUUGCCUCACUCGAAAAGGCCCAUGCGCAAUUGGAAAAUUUGCAGUUAAAAAUCCUUUGAAAGACUAACCUGUAUGACCUAAUUAAAGUUUAAAACGCAGCGGCUACCGAGCAGUUUUGAGGUGAAACCCAGCGGAUGUUCAUCAUUUUUUUUUCACAGUUUCCUUUUUUUUCGGCCGUAAAUGACAAAGUUAUCGAUCGCAGUAUGAUUCCGAAGGAAGAAAUGAAUUUAAAGUUAGUUUAUUGCAAACAGAGGUGUUAAUGACAUGCUGCUGAAAAAACUUCAAUUGCUGAGUCGAAAAGAGACAGGAUAUCAGGUUUAAGCGCUGAUCGAAUAUGCUAAAAAAAGUUGUUUGAAAGGCAGCUAUUUCUGAGUUUGCAAAGAAAUCUGUCUUUGAAUGGUCACCUGCCAAGAACGCAUGUCUGACAAAUGAGAAAUUUAAAAUGUCAUGAAUUUUUAAAAGCAACCGGAAAAAACUUGGCUAUAUUGAAAAUUGUCUUCAUUGGAGAUCUUGAAUUUUUAUUGCUUACAGAACAGCAUGGAGAUUAAUAAUGUAGAUUUAAGCUCUCGCAAUUCGUAGAAAUUUUUGUUUAAUCACAGAUUCACAGGCGUAAGUUGAUUUUGUAUCCUAGUCGUUAAAAUUUGAAAUUUGGUUUUACUCCGCUUCAAACAGGUACAGCUGUUGUUCUUGCGUUAAUUCCGUGCAUUAUUGCUUUUCAUGUAUAUCAACCAAUCAAAUCAGCACAUUAAUAAAUUUUGCUGACAUUAUAUCGCACUUCAGCGGAAAUGACAGCGAUUUACUUAUGCGGUUUGAUGACAGAAGGCAAAACUUUCCUGAAAGCUUAAUUGUCUAAAAUCCGCUGCAGUUCUGCCAAACCAGGGAUUUCGUCUCUCGACUAAGCAGUUUAGGAAAAUAAAGAUGAGGUGUUGUGGCUAUAACAGGUCCUCUGUUUUUUACAUAAUUACAACCUGUCAUUUGACUUUCCGAAUGUGUGUUUAGUAAUGUAAAAUAAUGUGUGAUGUCAUCCAAUCACACACUAUCCUAAUGCUGAUGUUAUUAGAUGCUGGAAAAGUUUCUUGUGAUAUUUUUUGUUAUGCUUCGCAGGCCGCAUGUGAGUUGCCGGAUCUUGCUAAACACCUGGGGUAAGACGACACACGUGAAAAGAACGAAAAUAACAUAUGCAUUGGAAAUAGGCAUCAUCCGCUGAAAAUUGGCUUAAGCCAAUGGCACAAUAUGGACUCGAAUGUUUGUCGUAGUUAGUACCAAAUAACACCGGUCUUCCUUUCAAUCAAGAAUAUGGCUGGAAGGAUUUUUCUGAGGCAACUAAUGUUAUUUAACACCCUGAAUUUUCUCACUCGUUUCGGUACUGCUGUAGAAAAGCUGGAUGUCAACAUUGCGGUGUUCUUUGACAUGGAUGACAUCUUCCAGGAAUAUGUCUUCAAGUCGGCCGAACAAAUGUUCCGAUCAAGAAAAGUUGUAACUGGUAAUGUGACUCCUAAUGAGUUCUUGUUGGAGAUGCAUUUUUCAAGGCCUAAUUUAACCGAUGUCUUUCCCCUCGAAUAUGGUUUGAGUGGUUUGUUUCCCAAGAUUUCAAACAUCACUUCUGACUCCCAAGGCGUAAUCUUCGUCAAUGUAACAAAAGAUGGACUACUUUAUUCCUCGCUUUUGGAGAGUUCCGUGUUUCCAUCAAUUGGGCUACUACAGAGCAGAAGGGCAUUUCCCAUAACACAGGUAAAUUAAAAAUUCAUCUGUCUAGCUUCUUUGUUUCAACUAAACUCACCUUUGACGCCCGUUAAGUGGUAAUCUCAAGCGAUUUUUCAAUCUCUCCACUGAUGUCAGCGAAUUUCAAUUUUUGGAAUUUUUUUCAUUACAUAGGAUAUAAAAGCUUUAUAAUUUGGAAAAAAUCGUUCAGCAGUUUGUUUCUUUUUUUAAUUUAUCUACCUUUCAUCCAUAUAACCAGCCAAGUUAACAUCACAUUUGGGUCAAAAGGAAUUUAGAAAUUCAUCUCAGAAUCUCGUCCCUCGCGGAAGCUCUUUUUCGCUCAUCAGCAAAAGAGCGCGUAACGAACGCUAGGAACUUAAUCAAUAUUUGGAUACUGCUGCUUUCACACUUUUGGAUGAUAUUUACAAAAUAAAUACAAUCGUUUUAUUUAAAUUUCAUCGUUAAUAAAAAAAAUAAACAUGCUUGAAAAAAAUUGUUCGGGUAGAUGCGAUUGAAAAAAAUUCAAAAAUAUUGUGUUAUCAGAUAUCAACUUGGCUUAAUAAAUAAAUUGAACCACUAGGAAUACUGGCAAGAAAUGAAUAUUUAUACUAAUGUUUAUGUCUAAUGUGAUAUCGUCAACGUGUGUUAGCGCCUGCCCAUUUUAAAGCCGACAAGAUCUUAGUGCCCCCUGCAAUCGCCUUGAAAAGCUACCUCAUAAAAUCUCGAGAAAAGGCCUAAAAAGAAGUCUCCUUUUCCUUUCAUUUUUUCGUUUUACGGAAACGAUCAGUUAUAUAACUUAGUUAAUCUACCAUUCAAUGCGAAAAUCCGAAGGAUAGUCACUUUUGAAUGGCAAAAAAAAAAAGAGGAAAUUUCCGACAAAAAACAUCUGCGGCUCGAAGUAAUUUCGCCAUCUAUCUAGGGUUAAUUAGACUAAAAAUAGGUUGAAUUAAAUUUUCAUAUUCAUUUUCAAAAGGCUAAAGAAAAUAUUCUUUCAUAUAUCUAAACCUUUGAAACCUAAUAAUUCAGUGGGAAAGUAAUCUAAAAUUUAGAUAUUACAUGUUUCAAAAUAUUGCUUGGCUUUUCAUUAACAUUUUUUAAGAUUAUGAAUUUUGGGAAAAAUUCAUCUAUUCUAAAGUCAGUUUUGCACCAUAAAGGUAACAAAGCUGUCAUUAUUGUAUCACGAAUGAAAGCUCUCAUGAAGAAAUAGCUGGCGAUAAAAGAUAAGCACAAUUCAAACAGAGAUCAGACAUAUUAAGCUAGUAAACGAACGACAGGCGGUUAGCAUAAGUUAAGGAAAUCCUUUACAAAAAUGAUAAAAUAUGAAUGAACCAUUCCAUUCCUGUCUGGUGACGAGCAGUUUAGAAUUUACAGUUAUUCAACAAUAAUUGUUGUUUUUUUCUAUAUUGGAAGCUCAUCGUUGACUUUCCUCAUAUAUAGACGCUUGUUUCAAAUGGUUGUGUGCUAUCUAAGUAGCUCCCUUGUAGUUAUUUAAUGAACGGCCAUAUUCAUGUAGAGACAGUAAUGUGUUCCAUUGUGGUUCUCCAGAAAACAUACCCCUUUAUUUUACUGAUUCAUUUCGGUAAUCAAGACAUUUUAUUAACAAUUUUCAUAGAUUUUAUUUGUGGCACUAGAGCAAUUUAAUUGUAAAUCACUCCGGCUGAUAUGCUUAUAUGUAUAUCUGUUCUUUAGAGCAAAUAGUUAUCCGACUGUGGCUGUUAAGCUUGAAGAAAACUUUGAUGUUCGAAAUAGUUUGCCUCGAUUUCACUGCGAACAAGCCUCAGAAAUGUUUCCGGUCCCCCUUUGCGGUAAUAAUUUAAAGGCAACACUUUCAACGCAUCAGAAGCAAAACUAAACCCCAUCACUGUGACAUGACCAAAAGCGUUUUCCACUCUAGAAUGGAAUCGCUUCCCCCUUUGUACAAUAUGGAGGAAACGUUCUGUGUUAUCCCGAGGUACCCCCUUUAUGCUAUCCUAUUCCUACAUUUAGAGAGCUGCUGAAGAGCAACGGCUUUCGUAAACUUUCUUUGAACAUGACUCUGAAAUAAUAAUAUUACGCUAAGAAAUAAAAGUAAAUGAUCCAAAAGGUAUUCAGUAAUUGAAAACACGGUGUAUGUUAGCAGCUGCUUUUUCACGUAUUGAAUCUCUGUCUUCCACGUAAAAAUCAUCUUAAACGAGAACAACACCGAAAAUAUAGGUAUGGUAAGAAAGAAAAUCACCAAAUUUAGGGAAAGAAAAUCAACGCGAAUUAGAAUGGCUGGGGAUGUAAAAGGUUUACAAGGAUUGAAACUUGAAAAAAUGUAGGCUGAAUUUAUCACUUCAGGUGCGCUGACAAAUCGUGAAGUGCAUCUAUGGAAAUCGUUUUUCGUUUGUUUGUUCGUUUGUUUCUUUGCUUUGAUUGUUGGUCUGUUAUUUUCAAAAGGAAAGUUCUGGCGGAUUCACAAGAGUUGCAGCGCCAUCAAUAAUGGAAUAUGCACAAGUAAUGGUGAAAAUUACGGAGAAAAUGGGCUGGAGGACCCUCAGUUUGGUGACAUCAGCCACGUAUGAGGGGCAUGUAUUUGCUGACGCUCUCAAGCGCUUAGCUCAGGAAAAGAAAUGGCGUGUAUUAACCUCAUUAUGGAUUCAAGGAGACGAAAGUCUUCAAGAAAUAAGAACGGGACUUCUGCGCGUUAUGUCAGCCAAAUCGGAUGUAAUUAUCGGGCACGUUCGUGAAAAGAGCAACGACAAUAUAUUUUGGACGAUUCAAAAGUUGCAAGCCAUUGAGAAUAGUAGCGUAUGGCUCGUUACUAGGCCUACCACGUACGGUGUACAGAACAUAAGUUCGAUUCCAACUGGACUGACUCAGAUCAGCUGCAAAUUACCUGAGGUUGGACAUGACUAUGAGUUUUACGUAAAAGCAUUGUACGAUUCUUUUGUCAUGUUCGAAAGUGCUUUUAAAAUUUCAGUGAGGACAAUAAACAAUGAGCGAAAACAGGUCCUGAACACUUCAGAGAAAUACAAAUUUCUGCGGAGAACGGCUAUGAUGUAAGUCAAUGAUCCAUCUUAGAACUUGUAAAGUUUCUCUUUUUCUGGUUGUUUCAUUUCACUCAUUCAUUGUGCAGAUACAGUUUAGCGCUGAGAGAGAGAUAGGGUCGCUUCUCAGGAAGGAAGCACUGAACUAAGGGAAGUAGAUGAGUGGGAUAAGGGACGGAUAGCUCCAUUGAUGAGUUUGCAAAAGAAUACUGUCUCCAAAGUGCAGCUGAGUAGGACCACGUCUCUGUGAGCGGUUCUCACAGAGAUGUGGCAGUACUCGUCUUGUCAAAUUACCAGAGGUCACUUUCGUUUGAAAGAUUUAUGUAUGGUACGAACAGAAAGCUAGAUGAAUCACUUCAAUGCCAGGCAGUUCAAUUUUUUUCCAUCUUAAACUGAACACUUUACCUCGACAAUGUACAACGAUAACCCAAACUCUAGUGUAUCAGAAGUUUACGUAACCAGUCGUUGAUUUGAUCUUUUGUUCGAAAGUUUAUUUAUUCAUCUAUCCUGGUUAAUCAUUCGUCAGGGGGAGAGAUCGGUCGUUCUUCUCUUUAAUUGGCCCUCUUUUAUCCUGUCCUUUAUGUUCCUUCUUUAGCCGUUUAAAGGAUACUUACAUAAGAGGUAGCAGCAAGCUUUUCAGAGCUCACGAUUUAUCAGAACAACAACAUUCAGCCUUUGACAUCUGGAAUUUAAGGGAGGAUCUCGAUAGCAGGAAACAUUGGCAACAUGUUGGACUUGGUACAACAACUGGACUCGCAUUAGAGCCCAUUGCAAACCACAAUGGUAACACCCUCCUUCCACUACUACAUCCUAAGCACCCCAUCCUGCGGGUGCCUGUCGUCGAGUGGCCCCCUCUCGUGGUCUCAAAAGAUCCAGCGUUGACGAUGAGCCGCAAAUCAUGCGUUGGAAGAACUUUACCUUGCUAUAAGUACUUAAGUGUCCAAAAUUCUACGCAGACGACUAAGCAACUUCUUUGCUGCUAUGGAGCGUCUAUAGACUUUUUGAAGUUUCUAAGAAGAGACCUCGGGUUUGAUACGGAAAUUUAUUUCAAUCCAGAUGGGCGAUACGGGAAGUUCGAACCCGUGAACAGCACCUGGAAUGGAAUUAUAAAUGAAAUUAUCUCUGGCAAAGCGGAUCUAGCUCUCGAUGUGGCCGGAAACUUUGAAAGAUCAAGGGUAGUGGAAUUUGCAUACCCUAGCAUUGCAUCAGCAAUGAACAUUUUGGUCAGGAAAGAUCGCUCCUACAAGGAACAAGGUAUAAGGUUAUUUUGCAAUGUAACCGGGUUUGCUUACUUGCAAGAAAGUGUCCAGGCUCGAUUUAAAAUCAGAUCAGUGCCGAUAUAAGUCGGGACUCAAUUGGUCCUGAUGUAACACAGUAUCCAGUAUGACAUUGUUAGGAGUAAGUGAGAAUACUUUCAGAUAGUGUACUUUUUUAUUUUUUAUUUUUUGUCAUCUUUUUUUUUUUUUUUUUUUUUUUUUUUUGCAAAGAAACUCAAUCGUGGAAAUCUUUAAAAAAUGUAAUUUAAAUACUUCUACUCUUUUCUCUAUCAGUAAGCAUCUGGUACUCUUGGCUGGAACCGUUCCGAUAUGAGCUUUGGAUCGCUAUCCUGGUAACAUGUAACGUGAUCCUGUUUGUAGUUUGGUGGCUUGACAGGAAGAGUCCAAAAGGAUAUUAUGUCCUCCUCAAGGACAGUGACGAAGAUGCUUUUACACUUCUAGGUAAGAAGCAAAGCAAAUCCAUAUGGUUUUUAGCAAGGGAUGGGAAUGGGAAGAAAAAGAUAAGGCAUUUAUCGCCCGGUAACACUAGCCUGGGACAUCUUUGUUGACGAUUCGUACACUCUAAAAUGAUUUUUCAACUUAAAAGAAUGAUGACUCGGGUCCAACCCGACUUAUGAUGACUCAGGUCCUAGAAGCUUUAUACACAGUGCACUCCUGAAAAGGACGGUUUUUGUUAGUGAUGACCGACUUUCAGACAACCGAAGCAGGAGUCAUCUUAAGGUCAGGUGUCUAAGUCAGAAUAAAGUACCUUUACCCUAAUGAUGACUUCCACUUAGAUUGGUUUUUCGAAACCCAAGUCACCGUCACCGUCACCGUCACCGUAAACGAAUUCUUUUAGAUGAGCCUUUACCCGGACGAUCAUGCUAACGCUAUCGGGUUGAUAUCAUUAACUGUGCUAAGACUUUCUUUCCAGACGCCAUGAGUUAUGUUUGGGGCGUGGCAUUUAGUAAGGACAUUGGUGCGGAAAAGACUCCACGCAGCAACAGCGCUCGUACCGUUUCCGCGGUUUAUGCGUUACUGGCCUUGAUCAUGGUGAAUACCUACUGUGCAAACCUCAUGGCCUUCUUACUUGAUGAUCCAUACAAACUGCCCAUCAGUGGUGUAGAAGAUGCCAAGGUAAGUGCCGUUUAUCGAACCUUGUUCAAUUGAGUAUGAAAAGCAUCAAGAAUUGUAAAGUGUUUGCUAGAACACGACCUCUAAUUGGUUCAGGGAGCUUGCCUCAUUAUCUCCACCGAUCAGAAGAAAAAUGUAUUUCAAACUUAAUCAAACUCAGAUUGCAUUUUAGUUACUAUUCAUUCCCGACGUUAGACACCAAACGACAUGAUUCCCGUUUAUGCCGGUUGCCGUUAUUCCAAUUGUACUUUUGUUGGCUCCUUGACUGUCCUGAUCAAAUUGGUUCUGCUAACUAACGCUCUAUCGAAAAGCAUUCGACUACUUUUCAAUUUUUAUGUGCAGCAAAAUGCAGCUACUCUGACAUUACAAAUACUGUAAUUUCAGCUUGCGUUAAAAAUAACCAUCACUAUUACCCAAGUUUAUGACAGACUGAAAUGAUGAAUUAGUUUUCCCAAAAGCGAGCGAGUUUAAACCACGAUCUUGCUGUGAGAGGGCGCGAGGGAUUUAGGUCUGUAAACAUCCUAUGGAAUUUGCCUUCAGUUAACAUCGACUGAGUUAUUGCAAAAACUAAUCUUAGCCUUAAGAAAGACGCGAAGCAUUUGUCACCAAAAAGAACCGAAAAAAAGGAAUUUGAUGACAUAUGUAAAAUUCGAGUCCCAAUCAGUAGAGCUACAGAUGCUCUGAAAAAAGAGCUACGGACGUAAUUUUUUCUACAUCGUUUUUAUUUUCUACAAAAAAAGGCUAAGGAAGGAUUGCAAUCCAAAGCACUAGUUCCAAAGACGUUUCAGUCCACCUCUGUCGUCUAAUGUUAUUCUCGUCUCAUUUCAAUAGCUCACCGAGAAGUCUCUUUACCCACCGGAUGGUUUUAAACUCGGAGUCACACGCGGGAGUAACGAGGAAGCAUACUUCAAAAAUCACGUCAAAUACUUUUUCAGGAAGAUUUACCACGUUAACUUAAAAAUACAUCUGGUGGAUGGUUUUCAGGCAGGGAUACAGCAGCUUACAAACGAGUAUGUUUUAAGUAAAUUAUCAUCUUCGUAUGCAGUCAUGUUUCUUGAACUUUUAGAUCCGAGGGCUGGAUAUUCAAAACCAGACAACUUCUCAUCGUGGUAGUUUGACAAAUAACACACGCACAAUCAAUGAGUCCGCCACACAGCCAAUGAGUUGUUACUCAAUUAAACAAGACAGUGAGUCAGUCCGUAAAUUGAUCCGCAGCCAUUUAGUCAAUCAGUAAUGCAGCUUGUCGUGCGGUCCAUGAGUUUGUUUGCUAAUCAGUUAGAACUUGAUCAUUAAUUCAUUCAAUUAUUUCUGCAAUCAGUCAGUAAGUCAGUCAGGGGUCAGCCAAUCAGUUGAUUGGUCUGUCAGACAGUAAGCCAGUAAGACAGUUUGACAGGCAGAGAAGCAGGCAGUUCAUCACUAAUUAUGAUUUGAAAUAAGCUGCUCGUCAGUAAAGAAUUUACUUAGUUCUACUAAUUGCUGUCCGCAAUAUUUUCUAUCUCAGCGAGCUGGAUGGACUUGUGGGUGACUACUUGUCUUUGAAGCAAGCUGGAAACAAUGAUGCGAACUGCAGAUACAGCCUCGCUGGGGAAAACUUCUACAACUUUGGCUAUGGUUUUGUUUUCCCAAAAGGUUCACCAUGGAUAGAGGAAGCAACUUUGUCAGUGUUAAAGAACCAAGAGAAUGGCAGUAUUCAAGCUAUUUUAGAUUACUGGUUCAACAAGAAGGAAUGUACCACGAAACCAGUGAAAGAACUUGGUCCUGAGAAAUUUAUUGGGUUAUUUCUGCUUCUUCUCGGUGUAAUUGGGUUCAGUAUAAUUUCUUUGAUAUCCGAGAUGCUCAUCAUAUUUGUGUUGGUUAAAUUCGGACGUCACCUGGGUCCCAUGGGAAAGUCUUUGACGCGCAUGAUCUUUAGUGUGCGCAAGGGAGAAGAAAACGACAUUCAUAUAAAGUGGUUGCAGUUGUACAGGAGACAUAAGAGCAUGCGCCCAAACGAGGUACAAUUCACUGAACCUCAUCACGAUGUUUCGAUUCGAAGAGCGAGCUUUUGUAACCUGAGCUUUGAGUAUGCAAAUGAGAUGUUACCCUUUGAUGAACAGUCGGUGUAUCUUCGUAGAAGUCAGCUAUUGGCAGUGGAAGAUCUAUCCCUUUCGGCUGGUGGGAAUUCCGAAUCAAAUAACAAUACCUCUGAUAGAACAGAGAAUUCGACGCUUUGA